AUGGCUACCAUUCCAAUUAUUGUCAAACACCAGGGCAAAAAGUACAAUGUCGACCUUGACACCUCUGCGACCGGCGAAAUGCUCAAAUACCAGCUCUACUCUCUUACCGGUGUUGAACCCGAGCGUCAGUCUGUUUUGAUCAAGGGUGGAAAACUGAAAGAUGACACGGAUCUCUCCAAACUCGGUGCAAAACCAGGCCAGAUCUUCACCAUGAUCGGCACCGCCUCCUCCGAAGGGAGUGCUCUGGUCGCGCCGGCUGAGAAACCGAAAUUUGCAGAGGAUAUGACUGAAGCGGAAGCUGCCGCGCUAGAAGGUGCUACGCCGGCUGGCCUACAGAACCUUGGAAAUACAUGCUACCUCAAUUCCACUCUGCAAGUACUGCGCAGUAUACCGGAAAUGCAGGACGGACUGAAGGUCUACAAACCCGACGCUUCCUCAACCACCACAUUACAGGAUCUCACUCAGUUUGGGCUCGGUGGUCUUGGCUCUUCAAAUGAUCUUGUCGCGCAGCUACGAGAUCUCUAUAAACAGAUGUCUGAAACUCAAGAAGGCUUUCCACCACUGAUGUUCCUAAACGCACUACGGACUGCCUAUCCUCAAUUUGCUCAAAAAGCCAAGACUGGUCAUGGCUACGCACAGCAAGACGCCGAAGAGGCCUGGUCGCAAAUCGUACAGCAACUGAGACAGAAGCUGAAGGUUACGGAGAAGGUCUCAGAUGAGGAAAAGCAGAUCGCUUUCAUCGAUCGGUAUAUGGCCGGAUCCUUCCAUGCCUCGCUAGCUCCACCAUCAGAGGUGGCUGCUGAUGAGCCUGUCGUCGAGUCAGACGAGACGUUUCUGAAGCUUGACUGUCAUAUCGAUGCCUCGAUCAACCAUCUCCGAGACGGACUUCUGGCCGGCUUGACCGAAACAAUCGAGAAGAAUUCGCCCACUCUUGGUCGUGACGCCAUAUAUACCAAGACUUCCCGUGUUUCUCGACUUCCCAAAUAUCUGACCGUGCAUUUUGUUCGAUUUUUCUGGAAGAAAGAUGUCCAAAAGAAAGCAAAAGUCUUGCGAAAAGUCACUUUUCCGGAAGAACUUGAUAUUGUCGAGUUCUGCACGGACGACCUGAAGAAGAAGCUGAUACCCGUCCGCGAUAAGGUUCGCAACAUUCGGAAGGAUGAGCAGGAUGUCGAGCGGGCAAGAAAACGGCAAAAGCUGGCUCACAGACAGGAAGAAGAUCGAAAGCAGGAGGAGCUAUUGGCCAAGGAGGCUGCCCCCAUCGCAAAGUUACAGCGGGGAAAGGAAAAGAAAGAGACAAAAGAAAAAGAACCGGAGGGAGGUGAAAUGGAUGUCUACAAGACCGAUGCCGAAUAUGAGGCCGAACGUACGGAAUCGAUUAAGAAAGCCAAGAAAGAACUCUUUGCUCUCAUUGACCCCGAACUCCAAGCCGACGAAGGAGCCAACAAGUCUGGAUUGUACGAGCUGAGAGGGGUGAUCGCUCACCAAGGCGCAAGUGCUGACAGUGGGCAUUACACCAGUUUUGUCAAGAAACAGGGCAAACUUGUUGACGACCCGAAAGCCCCAGGUGGCAAACGAAGGGAGGAAGAUGGCAAAUGGUGGUGGUUCAACGAUGACAAGGUUAGCGAGGUUGACUCGGAACGAGUCAUGACUCUUGCGGGUGGCGGCGAAAGUGCAUCGGCUCUCAUCCUGCUCUACAGAGCCAUUGAUCUGCCGAGUAAAGAUGAAGUUGAAGCAUGA